CCCGGCGGUGGCUAAGCUAGGCUAGUUGAAAAGUCCCCGCGAACCGGGCCCUGCUCCCGGUGUGCCGCGGCCGGUAGAGACGUCCUCGAUCCCCGCGGAGCCACGUGGCCGCUCGCUCGACUUCAUCCACCGGAUUCGACCUCCGGAGGACCGGAGCUACCGACUGGUUCCCAGGCUGAGCUAAGCUAACUGUUAGCCUCGCAGCCAAAAUGGCGGACAAGGAGGAUGAGAGCGGACCGAUCAGAACAAUAAGAGCCGCAGAACCGCCGGAGCCCGCGGCCCAGCUCCCCGCCGCCCAGGCCCCACAGCCCGGGGAACUCAACGGGCUCUCCGCGGGCAGCUCCCAGGCCGGGUCCGGGUCCGGAGCUCCGCUGGAGGACUUCCUACAGAGAAGCCCGGAGGAGCAGAGCAUCGUGGUGGGCACAGAGCCCGCGGACCUGGCCCCGGACCCGCCUGCGGACCCGGCUGCGGACCCGGCCCCGGACCCGGACCCGGCUGCGGACCUGGGCAACACCACGAUCAUCUACGUGCAGCCGGACGGCAGCCUGGUGGAGGGCUCCGGGCUGACGGCCGAGGAGCAGCAGUUCCUUCUGGAGCAACUCACCCGGCAGCAGCUCGUCCAGGUCCCGGACACCGAGGCGGCUCAGCUGCUCCAGCAGAGCCAGCUGCUCAGAACCACCCCGGUCCACAACGCCACCCUGGAUCCGAGCCAGCUGCAGCAGGUCAUCAACCAGGUCACCAAGUCCAAGCAGCAGGUCCAGGUUCUCCAGCAGGUUCCUCAGGAGAACCUCAAGACCCAGAACAAUGCCUCCCAGCAGCUGAAGAGCGUCGCCCAGCAGGUGGUCCUGCACACCAGCGGCUCAGUGCAGGUGGUCCAGAAGAAGUCGGAGCCCGUCACGAUUCAGAUCAAGGCUCCUCCCAAACAGGAAGUGAAGUCCGGCUCCACCCUGCAGCAGAAGACUGUGUGUGUCAAUCCUCCUCAGGUGAAGCUGUCAGCCAAUGGCAGCCUGAGCAGUGCUCAGAUCAUCCACCUGCAGCCCGUGGUUGGUCAGGAGGGUCAGCAGUUCUUCCUGCAGCAGAGUCCCGGGGACCCGCCCAUCCAGCUGCUGCUGCAGAGCCCGGUCCCCGUGGUCGGCUCGCUGCUCCCAUUGGUCCACAAGCUGACGGGCCACACCACAGCCACGGCCUCUGGUCCGAGUCAGAAACCUGCUGGCCCCCCCACCUCCGUCAGGGCAUUGGCCACCUCCAUUGUUAAGACCCCGCCCACUUCUAGUAAUGUCAGCAUCCCGCCAAUCAAACCCCCGAGCGGAACGCCGGCCGCCGCCAGGAAGAGUCCCGUCAAAGCAGCUGCUGUUCUGACGACCAUCACACCCGCCCCCUCUGCCCCCGUGAGCAAACCUCCCGCCCCCCCUGUGGUGCCGGCGGUGAAGGACAGAGAAACAGACAAACUGAAGAAGAGGUUAAAGAAGAAGGAGAAGAAGGUGGCGAAGGUCCAGACUCGAUCCGGUCGGGUCUCCAGACCCCCGAAGUACAAAGCCAAAGAUUACAAGUUCAUAAAGACAGAGGACCUUGCUGACAGCCACCAGUCCGACUCUGACGACUACUCUGAGAUGAGCACGGAGGAGGAGGAGGAGGAGGGCGUGAGGAAGGAUGGCCCCGCCCCCUCCACCUCCCUCACCUACAGCCACAAGUCCAGGUCCCACCACUGCCAGACCUGCGAUAAGGCCUACAUCGGUCCUGGAGGCCUGAACCGGCACUAUAAACUCAACCCGACCCACGGAGACCCUGACCCCCCUGGCGACCCGCCUAGCAACACCCCCCCGCCAGUCAGAGAGGGCAGCCAAUCACCGGAGACCACUGUCGCAGAGGAGAAGACGGAGGACACACCUGCUGCCACGGCAACAAACAGAGUGGAGGGGGGUCCGGCAGCAGCGGCAGGACUCAGGGGUCUCCAUCACCGAGGCCCCGGCCGACCCCGGGGCCGAGGGAGGGGAAGAGGGAGGGGCAGAGGGAGGGGCCGACCACCAGGACCGCCUCCUAAAGUGGCAGUGGGCCUUGUCAGUAGGCGUGGUCGACGUGGUCGACCUCCAAAGCUUAGUGUUACCAUGGUAACGUCAGAGCAGCAGGCGGAGAGGAGACGAGACCGACUGCAAGAGCUGGUGGAGCAGUGUGAGGACGAGGAGCUGAUGGACAUCGUUCUUCCUCGUUUGACCAAAGUAUUGAGUCUGUGGGAGCUGCUGCUGGCAAAGGUGGAGCGCGGUGGUCCUGCUCGGACUCGGUUUCCAGACAUCUACCGUGAGUACGAGUCUCUGCAGGUUCAUGUGAAACAAGCCGCUCAGGAUUAUAUCAUCAGUCCACAAGGGGGCGCCGCGGCACUGGAGGUCAGGAACAUGGAGGUGGCCAGGUCUCUCGGGAUCCUGGAUGAGGUGAACAAGAUGAGGGCGGUUCCUGGGGCAUCUCCCUCUCCCAGUCUGACCAGUAAGAACGUUCGAUACAUCGAGAAUUCUAAGAUGCUACCGCCGUCGAAGAGAUUCAAGAUGGAAAACAGCGUUCCAGUUCACCAGAACGGAAUAGAGACGCACAAAACAGGUGGGAAAACGGUGACCCCUGUGACCCCUGUGACCCCCAUCACCUCCUCUCAAGACUCCAGCUUGGUCUCUGUGUCUCCUCUGGUGAUUCCAGAUGGAACCAAACUGUCGACCAGCAGUGCUGACUUCAGCGCCUCUGGCUCCGCCUCUGCUAAGACACCCGCAACCCAGGCUCCACCCCCUGACACACCUAUGGAGGUGACUCCAGGAGACCAGGGGGAGGGGCCUCUGCCAGUGGGCCAGGACCAGGCCCUGAGUACAUCUGCCAUCGCAGCCCAGAUGAAGGAGCUGGAGGAAGCUCUGGGCUCAAGUCCCGGAAGUGAGACAAAACCUCUGGAGUCCAGCACAGUCCAGACACCUGGGUCUACCUUGAUUCAGACAACCGGGUCUGCAACAAUCCAGACUCUGGAGUCCAGCACAGUCCAGACACAGGCCUCCUCUCAGCCACAGCAGGGGGACUUGUUUCAGUCCAGCACCACAGAGGCAUCUGAAGCCAAAGAACUGAAAGAGGGACAGGAGAUCUACAUUGAGACGGAGGGGCUAGCAGUCCAGCUGGCAGAACCCGGAUCAGACGGGAUCGUCAUUGUCAGUGGGCCAGAUGGGACCACUAUGCAUAUCCAGACUCAAGAAGGGGUCCCCCUGGAGGCGGUCCAGGCCCUGCUGGGAAUCGAGGCAUCAGACCAAACUAAACCCUGAAGAGAAUCUGGACUGAGCCCAACCGAGCCCAGUCUAGAGUUGUAAGGCGGUGUUUGUAAGGUCGCAUGAGCUCGUUAGUGCUGCAGCUGUGAGUCACACAGGGUGCCCCCCCCCCUUCAGGACAACAUGGACAUUGUCAUAGUGGGUAUAAUGAACAGCUGUUUGUGGUUCCAGGUGUUGCUUUGCACCUGAGAGGAACUGAUCAGGAUCAGACCUGAACCUGUUCCUGUCAGAUGAGACGUUCUCUCUCUCUCUGAUCAGAGGCAGAGCAACACCAGCAAUCACAAAGUAUUGAUCCUGAAGUUCUGACUGAUCAAACUUUAGUUAUGGCAUCAUUUCAUGUACUAGAAGAGCACUAUAUAAAUACAGACCAUUGCCCAUUUAUUUGUGAUGGAGUUGAUGAAGCUGUGGCAUGACCCCUCUGAGCUGCCAUACUCAUCUCAGUUCUCUCGUGAUGUCAUCGUUGCUCGACAGAAGGUUGCUGGUUUUUAGAAAUGAUUGUAAAUUUGUUAACUUUUGUUUUCUGUGUUUGGUUGAUGUAAAAUAGAAAACGAUUGUUUAUAUGUAGAUAAAUAUAAAAAAAGUUUUAAAAAGUUGCACUAUUUUAUUACUUUUUAUACCUUCACAAACAUUUUCAAACUUUAAGUCAAAGUUAGAUGGACAAAACAGUUUGGAGGAAAUCAAACUAUUAAUUUGUCACAUUGAUCAUUAUACUUGUUUCUUGUUCCUCCAAUAAACUAAUGGAGUGUUUGAUGAUUCUUCAUGACUUCAUGGUGGAUGAAUCGUCAUGGUGACACUUUAUUACUUAAUUAUUUAUCCUUUGUGUUUCGGUGCUUGUAUGAUGGGUAACUGAUGAAAUACUGAGUAACUGAAUAAAUAGAACUUUAUUAA